AUGGCGGAAUCAAACGCAACCGCGAGCCACACCGCCUCAAAACCGACAAUCAUCAUCGUCCACGGCGCCUGGCACCGGCCCAUGCACUUCCAGGCCCUAUCCCGCGCGCUCACCUCGCACGGCUACAAAGUCGUCAUCCCGGCGCUCCCGUCCGUGGAUAAAGCCCCCGAGGAAAUAACCCCGGACAGCCAAGCGGACAUCGACACCGUGCGGCGCGCCAUCCUCGCAGAGCUCGACGGAAUAUCCGAUGACAACACAGCAACCGCAGCCACCACCCCCAACGACGUGAUCCUCGUGCCCCAUUCCUACGGCGGCAUCCCGGCCUCGGGCGCCCUAAGGGGCCUGGACCCGGCCUCGCGCGCCGCGCAGGGGAAACCGACCGGCGUGCGCGCCAUCGCGGCCAUCACGGCCUAUAUCAUCUCGGAGGGCAUGAACAUCCCCGAAGCGGAGGGCAGGCCGGCCAGCGCGAUCCCCACACAUGACCCGCUGAUGGGCCCGCCACCUGCGUCGGUGUUCUGGCAGGAUCUGGGCCCCGAGUCUGAGACGUGGAGAUCCGCGGAGAGGAAUUUGAAUGUGAUGAGCUCGGCCGCGCUGUUUGACAGCUGUCGGUUCUCGGCGUUCGAGGUCGUGCCUGUGCAUUUCUUGAUGGCGAGAGAGGAUCUGGCCAUGAAGUUUGCGACGCAGGAGAAGACUGUCCAAAUGAUCAGGGAUGGUGGGGGUGUUGUGCGGACGGAGGUGCUCGAGGGGUGUAGUCAUAGUCCGUUUUUGAGUCGGGUGGCGGAGACGGUGGCGUUUCUGAGGCGCAGUGCGGGCGAGGAUGUGUAG